AUGGAAGUCCUUGAAGCACUGAGUCAGCUCCCAACAGCAAAGCUUCCUUUGUUUACAUCAGAAUAUCCCCCUUUCCGAUACUACGGGAAGGUGUUUAUCCUGGACCGUGUAGUGAUACACCUGGGCAUGUCAGAAAUCGAAAGUAAACCCGAUUAUGUCGGCUGUCACAUAACAACCUGGGCAGUGUUAUGUAAUGUCACUAUUGCUCUUAGCAGCUGGGCUUCCCGGCCUGAGGUCACCGCGGGAGGUGAGCAGGUGCGGCCCUCGGCGGUACAAAGACAUCGCAGAUCUGAGUCAGCGGAGGCUGCGGACCCGGACCCAAGCCAACCGCUCUUCAAUGACUCACUCCUCGACUUCAGAGGGAUGCUGAUGGGAAAAACAAAUGAAUCUGAAGGGGACUUUAUGUAAUGGCUGAAGGGAAUUUUUCAUCUGCGAGGGAUAUUGAUACCGGCUAUCGCGGUUCCGCGAAGGGGAACAAACUGCCUAUCUUUGACAUUUGCUGACAGCGGCUUUGAGCCGACUCUGAGAGUUGAUAC